UGAUAAGAACUGAGUGAAGCACAGUGGCAUUUUCAUUUUCAAAUUGCACAAAUUCGUUAUUAUCAAUGGAAGAAGAAGGAGAAAAACAACACCAAAAGCUUCUUCAAUCUUCUUCCUACCCUUACUACUGGGGCUACACACCAGAAUCUGAAUAUUACAAACAAAACCAAAUCAAAUCUACAAAAUCAACCUUCACAACACCAAGAAACCUAACCCUCUUCACAAGAUCAUGGCUUCCAAACCCCACCACCCCACCACGUGCUCUCAUCUUCAUGAUCCAUGGCUAUGGCAAUGACAUCUCAUGGACCUUCCAAUCCACUCCAAUCUUCCUUGCUCAAAUGGGUUUCGCUUGUUUCUCUCUUGAUCUUCAAGGACAUGGUCAUUCUCAAGGUUUAAAAGCUUUUGUUCCUAGCGUUGACCUUGUUGUACAAGAUUGUCUCUCUUUCUUCAAUUCUGUUAAAAAAGAUUCAAACUUUUUUGGGUUGCCUUGUUUUUUAUAUGGUGAAUCAAUGGGUGGUGCUAUUAGUCUUUUGAUUCAUUUUGCUGAUCCAAAAGGGUUUCAAGGUGCUAUUUUGGUAGCACCCAUGUGUAAAAUCUCUGAUAAGGUUAGACCCAAAUGGCCAAUUCCUCAGAUUUUAACUUUUUUAGCUAAAUUCUUUCCAACUUUGCCUAUUGUUCCUACACCUGAUCUUUUGUAUAAGUCUGUGAAAGUUGAUCAUAAGAAGGUUAUUGCUCAAAUGAAUCCUUUGAGAUAUAGAGGGAAACCUAGGUUAGGGACUGUGGUGGAGCUUUUGAGGGUUACUGAUAUUUUGAGUAGGAAGCUUUGUGAUGUUGAACUACCUUUUAUUGUGUUGCAUGGUAGUGCUGAUGUUGUUACUGAUCCUGAGGUUAGUAGAGAAUUGUAUGAAGAAGCUAGGAGUGAUGAUAAGACUAUUAAGGUGUUUGAUGGGAUGAUGCAUUCUUUACUUUUUGGUGAAACUGAUGAGAAUGUUGAAAUUGUUAGGAAUGAUAUUUUGCAGUGGUUGAAUGCUAGAUGCAAGUGAAGAAUGAUUGGUGUGAUUGUAGAUUAACAUGGCUGUCUUGUUAUUUGUAGAUUGAUGCAUUUGAUGAAAUUCCUCAAUAAGGAUUAAUUUAUGGUCUGUAUAGUAUACACAGUUGUUUUUUUUUUUUUUAUCAAAGAUAUUAUUCUUGGAAAGACAUGAUAUGUUGUUUUGUACCAGAUUGGUGUGAAUAUUUAAGUUUAUGGAUUGGGACAAAAAGGGUA